AUGUCCUCAAUUGAUAUUUUUAAAACAAUUGAUUCCUUAAUCUCAUCAGUAUCCACAAACAAAGUAAUUUAUUAUGUAUUAUUAGUAGCUUUAUUAACUGGAGUUUUCAAAUUAACUACAUUUUUAUUAUCAUUAGGAACUUUAAUUUUAGAAGUAUUUAUUAAACCUGCUACAGAUUUUAAAAAAUAUGGAGCUAAUAGUGGGAAAUUUGCUGUUGUUACUGGAGCAUCAGAUGGAAUUGGUAAAGAAUUUGCAUUACAAUUAGCUAAACGUGGGUUUGGAUUAGUGUUAGUAUCAAGAACUCAAUCAAAAUUAGAAGUAUUAGCUACUGAAAUUGAAAGUAAAUAUAAAGUUGAUACUAGAAUUGUUACAUUUGAUGCUUCAACUGAUGAUGAAUCAAAUUAUGCCAAUUUGGAAAAAGUUAUUUAUGAUUUACCUAUUACUAUACUUAUAAAUAAUGUUGGUCAAUCUCAUUCUAUUCCUGUUCCAUUUUUAGAAACUUCAACUAAAGAAUUAAAAGAUAUCAUUACAAUUAAUAAUAUUGCUACUUUAAGAAUCACUCAAAUUGUAACACCAAGAAUUAUAGAAACGGUAAAUAAAUUUGAUUCUAAAAUUAAAGGAUUAAUUUUAACAAUGGGUUCAUUUGGUGGAUUAUUACCGACACCAUAUUUAGCCACUUAUUCCGGAUCAAAAGCAUUUUUACAAUCUUGGUCUAAUGCAUUAUCAGGAGAAUUAGCAUCAGAUAAUAUUGAUGUUGAAUUAAUUAUUUCAUAUUUAGUUACUUCAUCAAUGUCUAAAAUUAAAAGAUCAUCUGCAACUAUUCCAAAUCCUCGUGAUUUUGUAAAUUCAACUUUAAAUAAAGUCGGUUCAAGAUCAGGAGCUCAAGAAAGAUACGGAACUUCAACUCCGUAUUGGAGUCAUGCAUUAAUGCAUUUUGGUAUUGCAAAUACAGUAGGAGUAUACUCUAAAGUUGCAAAUAGUUUAAAUUUAAAAAUGCAUGAAAGUAUUAGAAAAAGAGCAUUAAAGAAACAAGCUAGAUUAGCUAAUAAAUCAAAAGAAUCAGCUACUGAUAAAGUUGAGUAA